UUUCCCGCUUAUUCAUCUUUUGUUACAGUUAAACAGAGGGGAGAAAAAACCAAAAAGAAGGAAAGAAAGACAAUGGAAGGAGACAAUCCAGCCCAGAGAGCUAUAGCUCUUCUUCGGAGGAGACUCUGUAACCCUAAUUAUAUCUUUUCACUGUUAUCGGAUUCUCCAGAUAGCAAUUACAGUAAGCUGAAGUUCAUCAUAUCAAAUUCAGUCACGGAAACCUGUAACAACUCAAUCCUCCUCCUCGGCCCCCGUGGUUGCGGAAAAAUCGCUGUGUUGGAGCUUGUUCUCAAAGAUUUACAGGUGGAACAUCCAGAUAUGAUAUCGGUGGUCAGAUUGAACGGACUAUUGCACAGUGAUGACACUUGUGCACUGAAGGAAAUUGCUAGACAGUUAUGCUUGGAGCAUCAAUUAUUGUUCUCAAAAAUGGCUUCCUCUGAUGAUAAUGCUCAGUUUAUGAUAGCCAUGUUGAGAGAAUGUGGAUUAGCUCAUAAGACAAUCAUCAUUGUGCUGGAUGAGUUUGAUCUCUUCACUCAGGGAAAGCAGCGAUUACUCUAUAGCUUGUUGGAUGCUAUGCAAUCUGUAACUUCACAAGCUGUGGUUAUUGGUGUGAGUUGCCGCUUGGAUGCAGAUCAACUCUUAGAAAAGAGAGUACGGUCUCGUUUUUCCCAUAGGAAGCUCUUGUUUCUUCCUCCAUCAAACAGAGAUGUGCAGAGAUUGCUAGAGGACAUAUUAUUGUUGCCAACAGACUCAAAAUUUCCUAAUGACUAUGUCACAGAGUUCAAUGCAAGGCUUCAUAAUAUAUUGGGAGACCAACAAUUCAUAGAAAUUCUUACUACAUUAUCAAAUACUGAUCCCAGUGUCAAUUAUUUGUUGAGAUUUAUAUUUCAAGCUGUUUGUUAUAUGGAUUUGGAAACUGGGUUUCUAUCACUUGAGAAUUUCAAGAAUGCAAUUUCAAGUAUUCAGAGGCAACCCAAGAUUGAAAGUCUACAAGAUUGUUCUGUUCUAGAACUGUACAUUCUUGUAUGCAUGAGGAGACAGGAAGUUAAAGAGCAAACAUCAUACAACUUCAAUUCUGUAAUGAAAGAAUACAAAAGCAUACAUGAUUCUUUUCAGACCUCUGAUUAUUAUGCACAUAACGUCUGCUUACGGGCAUUUGAACACCUUCUUCAACGUGAAUUAAUAUGUUUUACGGACAACAGGGUGCAUAGUCAGUCUGUUGAAUUUCGUCCAGUGAAGCUACUAAUCUCAGCUCAGGAGCUACAUCAAGGGCUGAAGCUAAACUGUUCUUGCCCUGUCAUUCUUCAGAAAUUGAUGGAUCGAGAAAGUUAAAACAAGUCAAGGAUUGGUGAUUGCAUCAGCUGCUUACAUCAAUCUCAUUGACUGCAUACAGAUACGGAUUGGUACUAGAAAGACUAUAGAAGACUCUUGGUGAAUGCGCUCCAUGUAAGUACUACAGGCUAAAAUGUGCAUUAGUAGGAGGUAAACAUUGAAAGAUGGUUCAAAUUAUUUGAUACAUAUAAUACGAUACAUGUCGGGUUUCAGGGUCAUUGAAACACUAAAUACUAGCAUUUAGAAAUGUGGCCAUAUUCAAUGCGUAAUUGUUAAUGCCCUUCCCAGACAUGGCCAUGUUCCUGGAACUAUUUUUAUCUGUGUAUCACCCUUUUAUUGCGCAUGGCUGUACUUUGAACCAGAGAUAGAACUCUAAUUCAGUUUCUUCAACCAA